UCGGCAGUCGGUCAAUCCGUCGCGAACGCUACCUCCCCUCUCACUUCUCCCCUCCAACGCUACGAAGCACCAUUUCACUCCUCACUUCUCUUCUCCCCCAAAUCUCUCUUCGCCCACGCGGCGGAGCCGCCGGCGACGGCGUGGAGGAGAUGAUGUUGGUAGCUGCCCAUGGAGGGGCCGCGCUGACGCGAUGAGGGCCCGACGGCCAGCCACGGAUCCAAACCAGAUCCAUGGAGCGACGGGCGGUGGCGCGAUGGCAGAGCUGUGCAGAGGGUGGAGGCGCAACCAUGGCGUCGUAUGCGAGGUCGGCGUGUGGGGUGGGGGAUCUGGGCGAGCUCCGCCGCCAUCUGCCACCGCCGCCGUCCCCGCCAACCCGCACGGCAGGAUCCCGAUCCCCGCUCCUCUUCCGCGUCUGUCGUCAAGGAGGAGCAGCGCCGGACGCUGGGAGGUCCAGUAGCCGGGGCCGCGGAGGAGCCGCGCCGGCCGCCGGUAGGUCCAGUAGUCGGGGCUGCGGAGGAGCCGCGCAGAGCGCCGGGAGGUCCAGACCAGAAGCCAUGGCCGCUGGGGAAAGGCCCGUUGGGGCGAUGGAGAGAGGGCGUUCGCGCUGUUGGGAGCGAUGCUUAGUGUUCGGGCUGGGGCUCCUCUCGUCCCGAACUAAUUCGUUCGAUCGAUGCCCAGAUUCCUCCGGAACGAAUCGUUCGGUGUGGGGAGGUCCCAGACCGAACGUUCGGCCGUUAUCGGCGUCCUAUAUAUUUUUGAAAGGAAACCGAGCAAUAUCUCAUCAAAUAAAGUCAAAUGGAGCAACUUCCCUUUCGGGUGAAACUUUACGAGAGUAUCCAAGUCGCAAGACAGCUCGGGAGGGCACGGCCGAGGCAGCCGAGGUGACUGGGAGCUAUCUUGUGCGCUCCCGCACCCAGGCGACCAACAGGAGGUUGCGGGGUGGCCGGAGCAAUGGCUUGACUGCUUCGUGGGAGCGCUCAUGGUAGGUGCAGUCUACAUAGGGUCAGGGUCGGCAUGGGCGAGAGAAAGGGGUAGGGAAACCUUGGCAUCACAGAGUUCUCCCACAUUCCCGAAAUGAAAGAGAACUAACAAGGACACAACAAUUAUUAGCUCGAGCUCAAAAUGAGCCCGUAUAAACACUAAAAUCAUAAAAAAUGUUUUUUAAUCUGAUUUAUUUUUUCUAUGAAACAUUGACAAAAGUUUCGAGUGCUUGUAAAAUUUCAUCAUGAAAUCACAUUCUGGAAGUGGUGGUAAAAAAUAAACUAAUGCUCCAAAAAUGGUAUAGUCGAAAGCAUUUUUUUGCUGCGGCUUCCACGAAUGUCAUUUCAAAUUGAAUAUUUGCAGGCUGUUAAAACAUUUGUUAAAGUUUACCACACAAUUUUUUAGAAUUCUUUGAAUGUUUUUUCACCUUUUUCGAAUUUACUGUUCAUGCGAGCUCAGUUGAGCUCGUGAGCAAUUGGGGACUUUCCAACUGACAAGUACUAAUAUCCACCAAGA